AUGGAAACAAAGCGCACGAACUGUCGGAGUCGGGGCAAGGCGGGAGUACUUUUUCCUCCUGAUCAACUCGGGGGUUUCUGGGCUCAGGGUUGGGGUUGGGGGGAGCCCCCAGGGCACCCGGGAAAGGCACGACUGCUCCGCGGGCAGGCUGCAGUCGAGGCCCGGGAACUGCUCGCCCCGCCCCGUCUCUCCCGCCCGGGAGCCUCCGCCGGCCGCGGGACGCGCGCGGCCCCUGCGGUCGGCUCACCAGCCCGGAGUCCCGCCUGCCCCGCACCUACCGGGCUCCGCGGUGCUGCCUCCCCACGCGGCGGGCGCCGGGCGCGGGGCGCACUCGCGCUUCCUCCUUCCCGGCAGGGCCGCCGGGCGCCGGCGUUUCCUCCCUGCCGCGUCACGGCUGCCUGCAGCUCCUUCCGCAGGGUACUCGGGCAGCCGGGCAGAGCCGAGUGGGCGGCCGACGGCGCGCUGGGAAGGCGCCGGCUCCGAGCCGAGUGUGCGGUCCGGAGUGCAGGGCGGGUGGCCGGUGCCGCGCCCCCUCUGCGGCUUCCAGCUCUGCUCCUCUUCCCCGAGGACACCCGCGAAAGGCGGGGUCCCCGCCCCGCGGUGCACCAAGUUCAGGGGACACCGGUGGAUCCCGCCUAG